AUGACGACUGGCGUGAUGUUUGGUGAUAUGACGACUGACGUGAUGUUCGGUGAUAUGACGACUGGCGUGAUGUUCGGUGAUAUGACGACUGACGUGAUGAUCGUUGAUAUGACGACUGACGUGAUGUUUGGUGAUAUGACGACUGACGUGAUGUUCGGUGAUAUGACGACUGACGUGAUGUUCGGUGAUAUGACGACUGACGUGAUGUUUGGUGAUAUGACGACUGACGUGAUGUUCGGUGAUAUGACGACUGGCGUGAUGUUUGGUGAUAUGACGACUGACGUGAUGUUCGGUGUUAUGACGACUGACGUGAUGUUCGGUGAUUUGACGACUGACGUGAUGUUUGGUGAUAUGACGACUGGCGUGAUGUUCGGUGAUAUGACGACUGACGUGAUGUUUGGUGAUAUGACGACUGACGUGAUGUUCGGUGUUAUGACGACUGACGUGAUGUUCGGUGAUAUGACGACUGACGUGAUGUUCGGUGAUAUGACGACUGACGUGAUGUUCGGUGAUAUGACGACUGGCGUGAUGUUCGGUGAUAUGACGACAGACAUGGUGCCCGGUUCUGUUGUCGCCACCUUGGUUUUUGUUUUGAGGACAUGA